GCCAUGGCAGCCGAGGUGAAGGUGACCGGGCAAAACCAGGAACAGUUCCUGCUGCUGGCCAAAUCCGCCCGUGGGGCUGCCCUGGCCAACCUCAUCCACCAAGUGUUGGAAGCCCCCGGCAUCUACGUCUUUGGGGAGCUCCUGGAUAUGCCCAAUGUUCGCGAGCUAGCCGACAGCGAAUUCUCUCCUGUCUUCCGCCUGCUCACCAUCUUUGCGUAUGCGUAUUCGGAUUACCUGGCCGAGGCUGGGAAUCUGCCCGCCUUAACCGAGGCUCAGAAGAACAAACUCCGCCAUCUCUCGGUGGUGACGCUGGCUUCCAAGCUCAAGUGCAUCCCCUAUUCGGUUCUGCUGGAGCAGCUGCAGCUGAAGAACGUGCGGCAGCUGGAGGACCUGGUGAUCGAGGCCGUGUACGCGGACGUGCUGCGCGGGAGCCUGGACCAGCGGAACCAGCGGCUGGAGGUGGACUACAGCAUUGGGCGGGACAUCCGCCGGGAGGAGCUCAGCGCCAUUACCCGCACCCUUCAGGAUUGGUGCCAGGGCUGCGAGGUCGUCCUCUCCAGCAUCGAGGAGCAAGUCAGCCGGGCGAACCAGCACAAGGAGCAGCAGCUGGGCCUGAAGCAGCAGAUCGAGAGCGAGGUUGCCAACCUGAAGAAGACCAUUAAGGUGACGACAGCGGCCGCUGCAGCCGCCACCUCCCAGGAUCCCGAGCAGCACCUUUCCGAGCUCCGAGAGCCGGCCCCAGGCACCAACCAGCGGCAGGCGAGCAAAAAGACUUCCAAGGGCAAAGGGCUCCGAGGCAGCGCGAAAAUCUGGUCGAAAUCAAACUAA